UCUAAAAGGAUCAUAUACAUACUUUUGAUAUCUAAUAGUGCAACCAAUAAUCAACAGACUUACUAGUCUCUAAUUCUAUACAUAUUUUAGCUAUCUAAAAGUUCUCUUGAUGAAGACGAAGGUGGAAAGAAAGUCAUCUAUGGAAGAAGCGAAGUUGAGAAAGCUAGGACGUGGUCCUUCGAAAGCUCCUAACGUUCAAGAACUGGCAAAACAACAACUAGCAACCAUUCCGCCGCAGUAUAUUCAAGAUAAUCUAGAAAAGACAUCAUAUUAUAAUUCUUCCAUGUUAUUGCCUCAGAUUCCAGUGAUUGACAUGGAACAACUGUUGCAUGGUCAUGAUCAUGAUUCAGAGCUUGACAGACUUCAUUUUGCUUGCAAAGAAUGGGGAUUUUUCCAGGUAGUGAAUCGUGGGGUGAGUAUAUCGUUGAUGGAGAAAGUGAAGUCAGAAAUUCAAGCAUUUUUCGAUCUACCAUUGGAAGAGAAGAAGAAGUUUGAGCAACAAGAAGGGAGUAUUGAAGGAUUUGGUCACGACUUUGUUUUUUCUGAAGAGCAAAAGUUAGACUGGAUUGACUUGUUUUACAUGGACACCUUGGAAGCACACAGCCAAGAAUUCAAGAACCUAGCAAUAAGCAUCCUGAAUCAAAUGGCAAAGGCUUUAAAGAUGGAUGAAAAGGAAAUGAGAGAUCUAUACACUGAUGGUAUGCAAUUACUGAGGAUGAAUUAUUAUCCUCCUUGCCCUGAGCCAGACAGGACAUAUGGCUUAAACCCUCAUUCUAAUACUGAUGCACUCACCAUCCUUAUGCAUUUGAAUGAAACUGAAGGUCUCCAAGUCCGAAAAGAUAAUACUUGGGUGCCCGUAAAGUCCCUCCCAAAUGCUUUGAUUGUCAAUAUUGGCGAUAUGAUGGAG